CAGAAAAUGUUCUUUUUUGUGUAAACUAUUCCUUUAACUGAUCCAAUGUGUAAUAAUAUAAAUAAUUCAGGAUUUUAAAGAUGUCAUAAUGUUUCGUUGUUUCUUUCUUGACAUGUGAGCUAGCCAUACGUUUGCAUGCACAGACCUGAAACUCUGCAGCUAUAUUUAAUCCGGGGAAAAGAUUGUAUGUCUGCUGUGAUUUUAACAUGCCUUUUCUCCAAUUAGCUGACUUUUGGAAAAGUUUUCAGCUUUUGCAUGAACAAUAUGGGUGUGCGUUUCCAUAGUACUCUCUCCAAGUUUCCAGGGAAACAACAGAUCAGAGAACAGCAAAUCAAACACAAUUAUACAUCAUCUCAGAGCACUAUUUAAUUCAAAACGCUUCUCUCUCACUGGCCAGCUAUAAGAUUCCACCAGUUGUGAAUAAUAGACAAAAAGGUCUAAUUGAUGAAGCACUUUGAAUGGUGCCUGUUGCAGCUCACUCACAGUUAUCCAUGCAUCAUGAUUUUCCUGACAGAGAGAUGUGGUUUUCCUGCAUGAGAAAUGGCACACUGCCCAUUUCUGAUUGAUUCAAUCAUGCUAUAUUCUGCUGUAUGCAUACUAUGUGAAGUAUGCAAUGCCUAUGCUACUUAUUUAGAAAUGUUUUGGACUGUUUUGGCUUGUAAACAGUUCUUGAUCUGUGCAUAUCUCUCCUACAGUAACUCACACAAGGUGACUUUUUCACAGCUGGAGAAAGCAAUAUUAUGCAGAGGGCUCAUAUUUUAGCUGAAAGCAGUGGUUUGACAUUAAUUGAUGGACUGGAGUGGUGUGGAUUACUUGUGGAUUAUUGUGAUGUUUUUAUCAGCUGUUUGGACUCACAUUCUGAAGGCACUUGGUGAGCAAGUGAUGUAAUGCUAAAUGGCCCGCAGGUAAGUAGCCUACUUUUUCAGAAAAUGUUCUUUUUUGUAUGAGCUAUUCCUUUAACCUAGUCAAUAUGUGCUCAUCUACUGACUAUUUUCAAGUUAUUUUUUGCAUAUAUUUUUAAAUAGAAUACAUAACAUGCCUGUAGUUUUUAGUAAGCAGUCUGUUCUGUUCCUGUUGUAUUCCUUAAGUAGUAGGCAGUAUACAGAAGGCUUUAAACAGUGCAGUAAGCAGUAUUCUAGUAUUCUAUUCCGAACUCACUGCGAGUUAUUGCAGAGUGGUGCGCGUUACCGUGCGCGCGCACGGUGCGCUAUUAAAGCCUCGAGUAGACGCGCAGUGCCAACAGACAGUUCUGUCCUGGAGUGAGAGGUGAGACGAGCAACAACUCAUGGAUUGAAGCGAGGACGCUUACUUCAGAUCCCGACCACAAACCACUUCACGGUGCAAUUGCACAUCUCUUCCAGACCUCGCUGAGAGAUGUGGCUGCUGGAAAAGAUCCGUGGUUCAGUGGAGGGAAACGUUCUCCGGCAGGGAGACUCGGCUGACAAACAGAGCAAAGCCACCUCCUACAGCAACGUCCUCACCCCUGACAAGAUUCCCGACUUCUUUAUUCCGCCCAAAUUGGUAUGCUGCCCCCCAGAGGAGGAGACGCCGGAAAUGAAGCCAAAAAACGGGCUCCAUUCUUCCACGUCCGAGCAGACCAUAUGCUGCAAGACGCCACAGGGCAGUCCACGCAGCCCGCGCCUCAUUAACAAGCUGGCUGGAGACACCAAGAACUUGCUCAAAGCUGCAAACCGCCACAUCAUCCAGAUUGAGAGCGCAGAUGACUUGGUGGUUGGGGAAGUGGGCGACCUCAACACAAACGCAGACCCCCAAUCCCAGACGGCCAUGUCCUUGCCCUACGUACCCAAAGCACAAACCUCCUAUGGUUUUGCCACGCUCAUGGAAAGUCCUCACACAAGACGUAAAGAGUCCCUCUUCCAUAGCGACCCCACAAGUCCGCUCACCUCGCCCAACACCCAACGCAGGUCGCAGGGUAACCACUUAAACCCCAGCGACUGUAACGUGUCCCAUUCCAACCCCUACCGGUACUUCAGCGGAGGGGAGAGCGACACUUGCUCCUCGGCUGAGUCCUCCCCAUUCAACUCCCCUCUGUUGUCUCGUUCCGCAUCCCUCCUCAAGAUGUUCACCCACGAAACCCAAGCCAAAGUGUCCCGGGCCAAGCGCUCCUUCGCCCGGCACAGCUCUCUCUCCACCGACGAGUGCAGCUCUGUGGAGACCAGCCCAAACAUUCAGAGGCGCUUACGUUGCCCUCCUUCUCCGGCAUUCCGAGGACGGAAACACGGAGGCAACAUGGAUCGCUUCAUGCAGCACACCGUCAACCUCCACAAAGGAGGAACUCUCCGCAUCUGCACAGACUACGAUAUCGACGCUGCCAGGCUUCACGUCCGCGUGCUAGCGGCUGAGGAUCUCUACGAUAAGCAGUACGAUGUGAAGAGCAUCAACUGUUGCGUGGCUCUGUACCUGAACCCGGGAAAGCUCCAGAAACAGCGAAGCACCAUUAUCAAGAACAGCCGCAACCCUGUCUUCAACGAGGACUUCUACUUUGACUCCCUUCCGGUUGCACAGGUGAAAAACCUCGCCAUCAAGAUGAAGGUAGUCAACAAAGGCACCAGUCUGAAGAGAGAUACCCUAUUGGGAGAGAGGGAGGUACCCCUGAAGGAGUUGCUUUCUGGGAUCUAGAGGUCAGAUUUCAUCCUCCAGACACACCAAUGCAGUCUUCACCUAACAGAACCAGACAAGGAAAUAUCCCAGCUUUGAUUUCGAGUCCUCAAAGUGAUUUGGUCCCUUUGGUUGUAGAACUCUCCAACUAACUAUUGCAGCUUCCCAACAUGUUUACCAGCAGUGAGAGUGUAUAGAUGUACAGUACUGUAUGUGAGAUAUUCUGUAAAUAUGGCCCAUGAGUGUACAGGCAUGCUUCGAUUGUAUACAUGUGAGUUUCCAGGGUUCGUGUUCGUGUUGAGACCAAUGUCUUCUCGGUUCCAGACCCUGCUGUGUCUCACUGUUGGAGACACCGAUAGAUAAAACAGCUCCCAUAUGGCGUAUCUUGACAACAAAAGCACAUUAUUGUAGACUGAAGCUUUGAAGUCACUAAAGGCCAGAUGCAAAUGCAUGCUUCAUCAGCCAUUUGAGCCUUAAAAUGAUGAGAAUGACAAAUAUAUAUUUGUCCCCAUAUUACUGUAAUAACAGUGUUUUGCCUUAUGCCUCUUUAAUUCCGCUCUUGAGACUGUGACAUUUCUUUCAAUCUCACUGUAAAACUGGACUUUUGAACGCUGAAUCUGUGCAGUUAAAAAACACCCUUCAGCCUUAUUGAGUGACAAGCUGCUCACUUUGAGUGACACGGGACUUUAGAGAGGGCGUGAUUCGUGAUUGGACAGAGCAUAUGACAUCAUCAUGAAUGUCAAGACAAUGUGAUUUCUGUAAAUAGAAAGCCCUUUUAAAUCUGCUUCUGUGUAGCUGUGUCUGAAAUCACUCUCUAUUCCCGACUAAAUACUACGCAGUUUGGAGAAAGAGUUCAAAAUACUACAUAAAAACAAUUGUGCCAAAAAUGACCAUUGGACAUGCUUGUGAUAAUGCUAUGGCAUUUUUUGCUGUAACUUGGAUAGGCAUGGGUUCUUGGGCACAUACCAUGGUUUUGACACUUACCAUGGUGAUUUAUAUAAAAAUGGUAAUCAUGCAGUACUGUAGUAUAUGUCAAAGUAUUGUAAUAUUGCAAUACCUGAUCUAAUACCAUUGCUUUAUCAUGGUAAUAUCAUCGUUUUUUGUGCAUGUACUGUGGAAAUACCUUGCUUUUGAACAAGUACCAUGCUGAUAUCAUGAAGUACCAUAUUUACAUGGCAGUCUAUACCCAUAUUUUUUCACAUGGCCCAAAUUUUUGGACAUGUAACCUGAAUAUAUCAUAGUAUUUUUUGAAGUGCCAUGAUACUGUGUAUGUCAAAAUAUUGCUUUACCAUGGUACUGUUUUUACAAGGGAUAUACUAGUAACCAAAAGUUGCACAGGUCAAACUGUUAUACCGAGGCUAUGCUAACAUACACAAUGCUUGCAAAGAAGUUUCUUCAGAACAACAACGUAUGUGUUUGUUUCUAAUGGACAUUAACGGUGCCCACUAGUGCCAUUUUAGCAUAAUUCUCAGGUUAGGGAACAUAUUGCAUUUUUGUAUGUGUGCGUUUUAAUUGAGUAAGUUGUUGACUUGCAACAGUUUAUGGUGCAUUGUGGGUAUCGUUUAGUAAAGUAUAAAAAUGUUCAAUAAGAUGUGGGGCAUCCCCCAGGAAAUAUGGCGUUUUUUUCAUACAGUGUUUAUGUUCAGAAAGUGUUCAGAUGAUUAUUCUUCUAUUAAAUAUGUGAGUUUUGGCAUGUUUAUAGUAGAUGUGUGUGUAGAUGUUUUCCAAUGGGAGAAGUUGCAUGGCCAAAUGUUCAAGCCUACGUGUUUUCUUUUCUAUUGUUAUUGAGUCAGAUGGUGAACAUGUAAAAUAUAACCUCGCAUCUUUUCUUCACAUCAUCCCCUGUAUUGGAUCCACAACACUAUAACGCUAUUUUGUAUAUCGUACUUGAUACUUAUUUUUACCACAGAGCAAAACAGUGACUGUACAUUUUUUCUCCAAUUUUGGACAUGUAUUUUUCUUAUUCAUUUUCUCCACCGGUAUUUUGAGAAAAGGGUGUUAAAUAAUAAUAGGCUGAAAUGAAAAGUGUCUUGAAAGGUUUAUAUCUUACAGUUAAAAAGCUGAAAAUGAAUUUUCACCUCACCCUACGGUUCCACAUAAAUAUUGUUGAUUAAAGCCGAGUCAGAUCAAUUUUGAGUUUAAAAUUACCCUUGUAUAAGACACUGUAAUGCGUCAUACAUGGCAAGCUCUUUGUUUGACCUAAAGAGUGUCCGGUAAUAUUCCUGAAAGCUCUUCAAUCAGGUUGCCGCACUCUUCGGUUCUUGAGUGGAUUCACACAAUUGUACCGCUAUUAGAAGUGAGACAGAUUGUCUCGCAGUUCUGGCUUCAGCUCAAGGUAACACAUCUGUGUGUUUUUGAUGAAUCAUUUGCAUAUCCUUAAGGGUGAAGUGUGUAAUUUAUGUGCCACAUGCGACACCAAAUGGAAUUGCCACUAGUUUUUCAUGUUUUGUUUUGUGAGUUAUUUCCUUGUGCAAAAGUUAUUAUUGGUUGCCACCUUUGGAAAUCAUUUCAGUCUUUUGAUUGAAGAUUUUUUUUUUUUUUUUGGAGUAACAUGCAGAUGAAUCAUGUCACAGUAGCAUGCAAAAAUUGGCCCAUUGUCUAUUGUCAGUAGUGUAGCGAUGCAUGAAGUACAGCUCACUUUCAAACCAAGCAUCUUUGUGGCAAAAGUGCAUGAUCACCUUUAACCUGUUGUGAAAUCUUCAUGGCUAAAUCUUUCUCCCACAUCCAAAAUUCCCUUUUAAAAUGCAAAAAUUCUAAACAUUAAGGCUCAGAAAGUGCAUUAAGAAAACAGUCAGUUUUCAUUUCAUCUUGACUUCAAUUGCUCUUUUAGAUUUAGUUUCAUGAUAUAGCAGGUGGCAUACAUUUGAAUGAUCAGUUUUAGUGCUAAACAGUCUUUCCCUUUAAAUGCAGUUAUUUUGGGUUUUCCGUUUGCCAUUUUUCUUUCAUUCAUUGAUUUGUACCUGAGCAUUUUUUGCUCUGUUGAGUUACCAUCUUUCAUCUUUCAUUGAAAGCACUUCCAUGUCACUUUUGCCAAGCUGAAAACAUAUUAUAUAUUAAAGGGGGAAAAAGCACUUUGAGCAAACGAUCUGCAAUUACAUGAAUCACUCCAUAUGUGCUUCAUGUGAAUUUUUCUCCACUGUAUACUUCCAGGGUACAAUGAUUCAUUUAUUAAAUUAUUUCCAUUUCUAUUUUCAGCUCUCUUUCAAAAAGGCCAAAUUAGAUUUCCCAUCAGAGCCACGUAGAAAACAGAAAGCCUUAUUCUUGUCGGAGACCGAGCUCUUUUUGAUUGUCAGAGAAUUCAAAUUAGAAGAUGAGAAAUAGAUUCCAGAAGGGAUUCAAUAUGGGGGGUGUUAAAUUACUUUAAUUUCCGUAACCAUCUUCCUGUGCGUGAGAUUAAAGUGUCUCGCACUUGUGUUUCAGAUAAGUCAUGGAAAAUGAAGUGCCUAUCCACUGUACUUGAUUCCCGCUCCUUCCCUGAGCCCGUCACCAGCCGCAGCGUUCCUAUGCAUGUGUACAUAAACACCCCUCACCUGUGAUGUGCCGUUUCAAACCCGGGAAAUCAACAUUCCUAAAUAGUGUGGUGUUUCGGCUUGUUGUUAUUCUGAAGACGGAUGUGGUUAUUUUUGUUUGUUUUAGCUUCUUUCCAGUGGUUUAUUCUCUCUCUGUAUCUCUUCUUCUUUUCCAGACUGAUUUUCUAUUCAUAACUUUACUGGAUCAUGCUGUUGCUUUGUCUAUUUUCUUA